AUGCGCUCUGUAUCCGAAGCUGAAAAGCACUGGCGGCAGCUCGACGACUUCCACUCCCUGACCGACCUCAAGAUUCACGUCUCUGCGCACAAGGAACCCCAGAUCACCGCAGGACUCCGGUCCGUUUGUUGGAAGAUCUUCCUCGUUUUCAAAACGCUUGAUCGCUCGUCGUGGCCUACCCACCUCAGCCAUGCGCGCAAGACGUAUAACUCUCUGCGAUCACACUACCUCCGUGCCAUACGAAAUCCAGACGAAUUCGAGUCCUCGGUCGACCCAUUGAGCGAACUAUCAGAGUCACCAUGGGUAGCCCUCCGUGCCGACGAAGAACUCCGUGCCGAGAUAUUCCAAGAUAUUGAGCGAUGCAUGCCGGACAAUGUGUAUUUCCGCCAGCCUGCCACUCAGAACAUGAUGCUGGAUAUUCUGUUUGUUUGGUGCAAAAUGCAUCCUGAUAUAGGAUAUCGCCAAGGCAUGCACGAGAUACUCGCGCCUUUGCUAUGGGUUGUGGAAAGAGAUGCGAUAGACGCGACCGAUGGGAACACUGCCGCAAUGGAUCACAGUCUCGCUGAGAUGUUGGACUCGGAGUACAUUGAGCAUGAUACGCACAUGCUCUUCUCCAUCAUCAUGCAAACAGCAAAAUCAUUCUACGCGCCGGCUGAAACUGGAUCUACAACCAAGGAUACACCAAUGCUUGCACGAAGCUCUAGGAUAUUUGAAGGCAGCUUACCAAAGGUAGACCCAGAACUGCAUACCCACCUCGUAAAGCUGGAGAUCGUGCCUCAGAUAUUCCUUCUACGCUGGAUACGCCUUCUGUUCGGACGAGAGUUCUCACUCGAUGCUGUCUUCGACAUGUGGGACGCACUCUUUGCGAUAGACUCUACGCUAGAGCUCGCUGACAUGAUUUCAAUAGCUAUGCUGUUGCGCAUACGAUGGGAGCUGAUGGCAGCUGACACGAAUGAAGCAUUUGCACUUCUACUGAGAUAUCCCGAACCAGCUACGCCCCCAUAUACGUUCAUAAAGGACGCGUUGUACCUUCGCGAUCACCUUACUCCACCUGGUGGCGCAGAAAUCAUCACGCGAUAUGGCAAGCAAGCGCCUAUCAUUGAGCCCGAGCCAAGAGUCAACGCCCGCGAACCGUCGCCAUCGCCUUCAUUCAUUUCCAGUCGAACGCGCCAAAGCAUCGGGUCACCAAGGAGUUUUGUGACUCAACAGGGCGCUGGUUUCGAGGCCUUGAUACAAGGUGCUGCCAAAAACGUGCUAGAUCGUGGUUCGCAGUGGGGUGUAGGGAAAGCCUUACGGGAUGCAGUAGGUGAAGUGAGGAAGAACGUCGAAGCUUAUCAGUCAGCGACAAACUCCGGUCAGUCGACACCACGCUCUGGAGGGAGAGAGUUCCGAAAGCCCGGUCAACCGAGUACGGCCGCUGCCAGCGGGCGACCAACCCUUGAAAGGGUGCAUUCAGCCAACACUUUCAAGAAGAUGGAAGAGCUGGAUCGCAGGAACAAGAGCCUAGCUAAGAUGUUAGAAGUUGCCGUCGGAGAUUUGUGGGAGUAUCACAGGGAGCGUGAUGAGGCACAAAAAGCAAAAGAAAAUGAUGAAAAAGGGAAAGAAGCAAUGGAAGCCCUUAGCCUUGCGAUCGCGAAAGUGCAGUUUGUUCAAGUCUAUCUUGAUGACUCUUCCUUGCCACUUCCCGUCGAUGAAGCAACGGAACAAGCUUCAACUGCACAAGCCGCGAUCAGCUUGGCUUCUCCGACUCCUCAAUCUCCGAUGUCAUCGGGGCAAGCCUCCAGUGUUCCACCUCUCUCUUUGGGCACGACGUCUCAGUCGACCACUCCAUUGAAAGCCAACUCUAGGAACGCUACCCCGUUGAGCUCCCGCCCCACAUCACCGCCGGCCCGCACAUUAUCACCCCCGUCAAAGCUCGCUUCGACUCUUUCUCCCCCUUCACGGCCGCAUCUUACAUCCUCAAAUUUUUCCUGGAUGCUUGGUGAAGACUCGGCAUCCUCAAACUUCGCCUCCGGUGCUGCGCACUCAACCUUCUCAUCUGAUGAGAAGAGACGCAUGAAGGGCAAAGGCUUUCUGUUUGGAGACGAUGACGAUGAUGAGGGUAGCAUCAAGGAUGGAAAGAAAGGGAAUGUGAAUAACAAAAGUGGGGCUAAGGGCGGCAAGAAUGCGAAAGGGAAGCACACGGUAGAGAAUGAGGUGGAAGAGGAGGUGAUCGAUCUUGCCAACAUGGGGAAAAGAGGCGUGAUUUGA